CAGCGAGCUCCUGCCGAGUGGCUCCACACUUCCAGGGGCGAGCCUGAGCCAGAGUGGGCUCGGCAUGGUGGGAACCACCUCCCCACAAAGCAGGCAGCAGCUUGCCAGCGGGAAGUAUCAGCUUCCUGUUCUCAGCUGUGGGUUGUCACUGUCUACUAAUAUGACCGCUUUGCCAUCUCUCUGCAAAUAAGGCAGAAGCUGCUACCUGAUUGGUAUAACAUCUCACUUUCCUUCGCAUUGAUUUCCUUGCUCUCCUCCUUUCUUCAUAAAAGGAGGCACAAGUGGCUGGUGCUGUGGACAGAGAAGCUUCAUUUUUAGUAUGAGACAACCUCUAUUUUCUUUCAGGAGAGGGAAGUUGGAUUAUCAAUUCUUUUGUAAAUGUGUAUGGUGAUAUUUGCUCCGCUUUUUGCGAUCUUUGCAUUUGCAACAUGCGGUGGCUAUUCUGGAGGCCUGAGGCUGAGUGUGGACUGUGUCAACAAGACGGAAAGUAACCUCAGCAUCGACGUCGCCUUCGCCUACCCCUUCAGGUUGCACCAGGUGACCUUCGAGGUACCCACCUGUGAGGGGAAGGGACAGCAGAAGCUGGCGCUUAUUGGCGACUCCUCAUCUUCGGCAGAGUUCUUCGUCACCGUGGCUGUCUUCGCCUUCCUCUACUCGCUGGCUGCCACUGUCGUUUACAUUUUCUUCCAGAACAAGUACCGGGAGAACAACCGGGGCCCACUGAUUGACUUCGUUGUAACUGUGGUUUUCUCAUUCUUGUGGCUGGUGGGUUCAUCUGCUUGGGCAAAAGGGCUGUCUGAUGUCAAAGUUGCAACAGACCCCAAAGAAGUCUUGUUAUUAAUGUCAGCUUGCAAGCAGCCAGCUAACAAGUGCAUGGCGGUCCACAGCCCCGUCAUGUCCAGCUUAAACACCUCUGUGGUAUUUGGAUUCUUGAACUUUAUACUCUGGGCUGGAAACAUAUGGUUUGUUUUCAAGGAGACCGGCUGGCAUUCCUCGGGACAGAGGUACCUUUCGGACCCAAUGGAAAAGCACUCCAGCAGCUACAACCAAGACAGCUACGGGUCGGGCGGUGGGUACAGCCAGCAGGGGAGUGUGGGGCCAUCCUCUGAGGAGUUUGGCCAGCCAGCCAGCGGCCCUACUUCCUUCACCAAUCAGAUUUAACAGGGUGGCAUUUGAUUUUCCUGGAGCUAGGCUCACCACCUUCCAUCUCAGUGGCAAAAGAAUUUUUUAAGAGUUUGCAUCAAUUAUUAAUGCAGAGUGUUGAAUGUAAAUCAGGGAUCUGUAGUUCUCAUUAAGGCAGAAAGGCCUGGGUCGUGAUGAAUGGAACUUAGAGAGGAGAUGGCACGAGGGGAUCUGUUAUUCACCACAGAUGGCUAAUUGGAGAGCACCUUGUUACACACACACACUUUUAUGGUGGUUUGUAUGUAUGUUGAGACAGUAGAAGCAUUUUGUAGCUUAAAGUCUCUAGUGUGUUAUAUGCAUAAGGUAAAUUAAAUAGUAUUGAGUUUUCCUAUGCAUUUUGAUGCAAAAGACAUUUUAAUGAUUCCUAGACAACAACGUGAUGUAUCACAGCAUGCGUGUAUUUUUGUUUUCUAGUUCUAAGCCCUGUAGGACUGCAAGUCUCUGUUUCAGAUAAUUACUUUGUGUGUGUUUUUUUUAACUUGAUGAUCAAUGCUUAUAUAAUUUAGUGCAUGAAUAAGCAUUUUCUCACACGAUAAACAUUCAAAUUGUACUUAAGAUUUUCCAGUUUGCACCAUGAAUUUGUUAAAUGGACAUUUAAAGAAAAACAUUCACUACUUUGUAUACUUUGCAAAUUUGCCUCUCUGGCUUUACCCAAGUUCUGAAUGCAUUGUAACAAAACUUUGGGAGUUUUCCUUAUUAGUAGACAGUGUUAUGUAUGGUAACUGCCCGACAUUUACUCUAUUCACUUAGCUAAAUACCUACAUUCCUGUGGUGUUUUGUGGUUAUGUCCUGUGGACCGUAAAUAAGAAGGCCCAAUAAUUGUCUAUGCUUAGAGUGGUGUUUUCUUAGGUUACUUGGGAUGCAGGUGCAAGAUGCUGCUGUGCUGAAAUAUUCGUCUACAGGGGACUGUAGACAUCCACGGCCAGCCAAACAUUUAAAUCGUAUUUAUUUGUAAAGUUAAUAUGGUCCUCAAUCCAGUUAUUAAAAAUUCUCGGGUCACAGCACAACAGAAUUACUAAUUCUGAUUUGAAUGUAACCCACAAAUUAAAAGUGGUUUCCAUGGGCCACUGUGUAUUCUAAAGAAGAUUCUCACAAAACAGUCCCCAGAAUGCGUUCAUUACCAAGAAAAUGCCAAUCUUUGCCUUUUUAUUUUUACUCAAUUAAAACUCAAGUCCAACAGGAAGAGCAAGCUGAGCAUCUGCAUUUCCAGAUAAAAGUCACUCUCGGUGUACAACCCCGCUGUGUGGUCUGUGAUUUGGAAGCAUUUUAGCACCAACAGCCUGUGUCUUAGAUGAUAUCUGUCACAGUCCCUUGAUCUGUUGGGUAAAUCUGUAUUGUGAUGUUUAUUUGAGCUUAAUAAAGUGAUUGCACACAA